AUGUCAGAAGCAUCUGGACCAAGAGGGAUAUUGAAGAAUGCUGCCCCAGAGGCAACAUACAAAAAAGAAUCGAUCAAUGAGUUUAACAGUGAGAAAGUCCGAUUCGACCGACAGCAGGUGAUUAAGAAUACUCGUUUAAACUCGGAGCUUAAGGGACUCAAUGCAAAGCAAGGAGAGCUUAUAAGAAAACGGUUGGCUAAUCAGGCGAAAAUUGUUGACCAUUCCUCUGCAACCAUGAAAAUUGAUGAACCAAAGACACCGUAUGAAGGUGGAUUUAAUCCAAAUAAUGAGUAUUAUAAACCCGAUGAAGAUACCACAGGAGAGGAAGAAGUAGACGACAUAGACUUAGGCGAAGGUGUUGAGGAUAGCAAGGACGUUAUUCCAAAAGAUAGAAUUGAAGAGCAAAAGAAGGAGUUAACACCUGAAGAGAAACAUAGACUUUUCGAGCUAAAGAGGAGACAACAUUACCAUAUGAAGGGAAGCGUACUUAAAAAGCCAUUGCCUGUCAGUGAUUCAGAUGGAGAGGAUGAAAAGGAUGCCAAUUAA